AUGCUUGCGAAAAUAGCAUCCGACGACGCGACAGCAACAAUAACGUCAACAACAUCGUCAUGGAGCGCAGCCCUGCCUAUGUCUGCAGCAGAAGCAUCAACAGCAGGAACAGCCACAGCCGACAGUAAUAAUAACGACACCGACAAGGACGACGUGGACAGCAUGACGCCGAUCGUCGCCUCCCGACCCUCGACCUCAAGGGAACAUUCGACGGACUCUGGCUUUGAUGAGCGGUCGUCGUUGUCCAAGCCCAAGAGGUACAUAUCAAACGGCACAGCUGUCGUCCUCGCCGAUAUCCAAUCCGAACCAGACGCCAUCUCGCCCCACGACAAGACCUCCUCGACACCCUCACCCUCCAUCGCACAACGCCAACCCCUACAACUGCCCCUGCCUCUGGCCAUGCCAACUAGUCGCAGCAAUAGUAUUUCACUGCCCAUCCAUUCUCAGGAACCAUCUGUUCGCCCCUCUGCACGAUCCACUUCACUAGGACACCUCCUCUCCUUGUCUCCUCUCUCACCUCUACCACUCGCCAUCGCCAACCGACCCCGCGCUCUCUCUAUCGCUGCUACCGCAAUCUCAUCCACAUCCACCGGCGCACAGCUGUCCGUCUCUAUGUCUGCAUCCGCAGACAAAAGUCGUCUGGAUAUCCGCCACAACUCCCUCGCUAUCUCUACUGAACCACACCACUCGUCUUCACUGCUGCCAGGAGAGACUCGUCUGGACCGGGAAUGGGACGAUCCCUCCUUUUCGUAUUUGGCGCCCAUUGCAGCCAACCUCUUGACCUGCCAAGGCGAACACUUUUUUGACCUGGUCGUGGAAGAGUUGUCCGUCAACCUUGGGGUCAAGUACGCCUUUAUCUCGCAACUCGUCAGCCUGGAGGAGCUCAAGGAACUGGAUCCCACGGAAUACAUGAACCUUAUCGAGCAGUUUGGAGGGCUGGUCCCUCCACUCGACGGAGUGAUGCACAAUAUCUCGAGCUGGCCUGGAGAGUCGCACAUCAACCCGCAUGCGUUCCAAGGAUACUUGGCAGACUGUACGAUUCAGGACAAGGUCACAUUUAUCGACUCGAACUUGGCUGAUCAACAUCAGGAUGUUGCAGAGUGCCUCAUGGACCACACCAUCGAGUCCUACGUCGGUAUGCGACUGGAGACUGUUCAAGGCGAGAUCGUCGGAGUCAUCGGUAUCAUUCACGACCGGGCGCUCACGGAGGAAGACAGCUUGAUCGUCAGGCUGGUGUUGGAACAAGUCGGGAUUCGUGUUGCCAAUGAACUCGACCGGCUAAAGAUUGAAUCCAACUUAAUCUAUGCCCGCGACGUCGCCGAGUCGACCGCCAAGAAUAAGACAAAGUUCUUGGCCGACAUGUCCCACGAGAUCCGAAACCCCAUGAAUGCUGUUGUCGGAGUGACGGAUAUUCUUUUAGACACUGCAGGACUUUCUGACGAGCAAACAGGAUACAUCGAAGUGAUCCGCACAAGUGGACAGCAUUUGCUGACUGUGAUUAACGACAUUUUGGAUAUUUCGCGAAUCGACCAGGAUGUCAAGUUCCUGCUGGAGAGACGACCCCUUAGUUUGCGAAAGUGCUUGAAAGACGCUGUCAGUCUCGCAGGACUCACACCUUUGCAUGAUGUGUCGAGGUCAAUUAGCGUCAUCGAGUGGCCACCAGAGAUGGACGACCUAGGUCCCUUUAGCGAACUGGAGGAGACCAACAUCUUGCCGCUACUCUGGAGUAUCGACCAUGAUGUACCUGAACAUCUUCUUGGAGAUAUCACUCGCCUUCGACAAGUGCUCAUCAACCUCUGCACCAAUUCACUCAAGUUUACCCAACGCGGACGCGUCUCUGUCCAUGUCGCUAUUCACCAACCUUCGGCACAAUAUCCUACCAUUCGACCCAACUCCACGCCUAUGGUCACAAGGAACACCCCCCAGAGUGGCCAGGCAUAUUCUCCAAGGACAGAUGGUGGACCAUCAUCAUCAUCAUCGCCCUCUUCGCCCAUGCUGACCGGAAGCGACCACAGGACCCAGAUGGUCUUCCAACAGCGGUAUGAUGUGAAGACUGAUUCCAGCCAAUCCACAUAUACCAAACCUUCACCAGCAUCGUCCCGUCGUCGUCAAGCCGAUAAGCGCUACUUGCCCUUGCCAAGCCCAAACACUCAGCCAGACCAGUCUUCGACUUUUGCGCCACCCUCUUUGACGGUCGUGGCGCCCACUGCCAACUCUCUGGAGAGCGACAAGAUGGACGAGAACACUGUUAUUCUGGAGUUUGCAGUGUCUGACACAGGAGUUGGGAUUCCCGCCAACAAGAUCACGGAGCUCUUUACGUCAUUCUCCCAAGUCGAUAUCUCUGUUAGCACGCGGUUCGGCGGUACUGGACUUGGAUUGGCUAUCAGUGCCAGCUUGGUCGAAAAGAUGGGUGGAAACAUCUGGGUCGAAAGCACUGAAGGAGUCGGUAGGACGCCGCCUAGUUCGGUCGCCACCUCACCCACGGAAUUAUCAAAGCCGACUGUGCCGACCUAUGCAAAGGUCGUCGAAUCAACCAUGAGGCCAUUGACCAUCGACGGUGUCCCUCUGCGCAUCUUGCUUGCAGAGGACAAUGCUGUGAACCAAAAGAUUGCGGUGGGAGUUCUCAGGAAGCUCGGAUAUGAGAAUGUCGACGUUGCUGAGAACGGGCUGGAGGUCAUCCAGAGGCUGGACGAAGGGUCUAUUUAUGAUGUCAUCCUCAUGGAUGUGUCGAUGCCAGUUAUGGACGGGAUUGAUGCUACAAAGACGAUUGUGGACAGGCGGCUGCGCGGGUUGUUAUCGAAUGCAGCAGAGAUCAGCAGCUGCGAAAUUUUGGCACCAGAAGAACCCCAGAGCAACGGGACUCACAGUUCUCAGGAGUCAUCGCCAGAGAGAGUGUACAAGGACUACAAGAAUCUCUAUGUGAUUGCCCUGACAGCCUCAGCUAUGGGAUCGGACAAGGAGCGUUGUAUGGAAGCUGGCAUGGACGACUUUAUGACCAAGCCAUUUGCGCUCUUGGAAAUGAAGCGCGCCUUGAACGAUUAUAUCCACAAGUGGGACGGAGGAGCUCUUCAGGUCAGGAACGAGACUUGUGUCUCGGCUGCUCUGGCUGCGGUCAAGAGCCGAUGUAACACGCCCAAUAGCUCGAGUGAUAGGGCGUUAACGCCUACGAUCGGCAAGUCUCCAAGUCUCUACUCCUCAACCGUUAGCUUGGCCGACCACGACUCGACCGACAGUCUCUGUUCGCUUGGCUGCGCCAAUGGUACGGACACGCAAUGCGGAGAUGGAUAUCACACUGGCAGCAGCGGCGCCAACGGAUCGUCCCCUCCAUCCAGUAUGGGUCGCUCACGGAUCGAAACACCUCGGCCUCUCCGACGCAAUCUAGAUGCCAUUGGCUGUAGCCUCUUUUCUGCUGGCAGACGGUCGCACAGCGAGGCGGUUUUGAACGGACUCUUGGGGCCAGUUGCGAUGGAGGGCGGACUUUUGGCUUCACGGCGUGCGUCAGAUGUGUUUUCGUUGGCGAAGCGUGAAUGGCGGUCAGGACUUGGACUGAGUAACGACAACCUCAAUGGCGUUCAGGAUGUUCAUCCACUUGACCCACUUAUCGACGGUGCACAGGUCGAGCGGGAUCGGGAGAACGGUAUGACCAGCCCGAGCAACAGCAGCCUUGCCCCUCUCCCCAGUCAUGGCGCCAAUGGAUUCUCACACCCUCAUUUGCGAGUCAAACGAGUCAUGUCGCCUAGCAGUCUUUCAAAGGAACAAGACUUUGGAGGGUCGUUCAAGCCCACGGCGUCGCCUCUUUCGCCGUUGAGUCUUUUGACAACCGAUACCGAGGGCUCUUCAUCGGUCUCGCCUCCAUUGUCGUCGACCUCAUCUGCUUCGCCCACUGAAACCACAGCGAGGCGGCCAUCGAGCGGUGAUGAGACGUUGUUCCCAGGUCCUCACGAAGAUCCUCGCUUCCUGUCGGUCUCGGUCCCAGUCAAGGACAAGCCCAAGUCAGAGUCUGAAGAUUCCAAGGCGCAGGCGGCGAAUGGGGAUGUCAAUGGGGUCAAGGAGGUCAAGGAGGUCAAGGAGGUCAAGGACAAGCAGCAACAGCAGGAGCCUGCCAACGGGCAAUGUAGGCCAGCGCCGUCGCGGACCGUGUGA